UGCGGUGCCAGAGAGUCGGUCCUGAAGCGGAAGUCUUGUCGGGACCAGUUCUUGUAACGGUCUUCUCAUCAGCGAGCAGAAAAUCUGAUGUCGAGAGAGUGAGGUUGAGGGGGCGAGUGCCAGGGGUCGCGGGCUGAGUGAUGGGGAGUUCUAGGGGAUGAGUGAAGAGGGGUUGAGGGGGUGAGUGAUGGGGGACCGAGAGGUCAGUGAAUGAGGGUCUGGGGGCUCAAUGGUGGCCAAAGUUAUGGGGCUAGUCAGGAUUGAAUGGCGCUUAUUAAACUUUGACUUUUACACAUUUUCCAGCACAGUGACCUGCGCUAAUGGUUCAUGCGCAUCCCUCUCAGGCCCUUCUUUAGAGUGCCCCGCUCCUCCCUCUGCCCUCUUCUCUUGCCCAAGCCCCGAGAUAGGGGCCUGUUGUGAAUGCUCCAGCUGAAGUGAACCUGCACCUGAAGGCCUCUUUCUGGCCCUUGGGCAAGACGGCCCCAGUGAGCUCGGCCUUCACAAAUCUCUGCUUUUUCUCCAGAAGAGCAGGAAAUGGCCAAACUCCAGGAACUAGUGACAUUUGCGGACGUGGCUGUGGAUUUCUCCCAGGAGGAGUGGCAGUACCUGAACCUUCCACAGAGGAACCUGUACAGAGACGUGAUGCUGGAGACCUACAGCAACCUGGUCUCUGUGGGGCAGCAGGUUACUAAACCAGACCUAAUCCUCAAGUUGGAGGUAGAUGAAUGCCCGGCAGAAGGAACAAUCCCGAUUUGGAGCUUUCCAGAAGAAGUCUGCCAAGUUGAUGAACAGAUUGAGAGGCAUCAUCAGGAUGAUGAACAUAAAUGUCUGUUGAUGCAAGUUGGAUUUCCUGACAAGAAAACAGUUACAACCAAGAGUGGUCGUGACUGUAAUGAAUUUGGAAACACCCUUCAUCUGAGUACAAACCUUGUUGUUUCAAUACAAAGACCCCAUAAAUAUGAAUCAUUUGGAAAUAAUAUCGUAGAUAAUUUAGACUUAUUUUGUAGAGGCUCUGCAGAAAAGAAAUAUGAUAGUGGAUGUGCAAAAUUAUUCUUCCAUACUGAGUAUGAGAAAACAAAUCCUGGAGUGAUACCCUAUGGAUAUAAAGAGUGUGGAAAAGCCCUCAGGCGAAAGAAAGGCCUUAGUCUACACCAGAGAAUUAAAAAUGGAGAGAAACCCUUUGAAUGUACUGCAUGUAGGAAAACCUUCAGCAAGAAGUCACACCUCAUUGUGCAUUGGAGAACUCAUACAGGAGAGAAACCCUUUGGAUGUACUGAAUGUGGAAAAGCCUUUAGCCAAAAAUCUCAGCUCAUUAUACACCUGAGAACCCAUACAGGAGAGAGACCCUUUGAGUGUCCUGAAUGUGGAAAAGCCUUCAGAGAAAAGUCAACUGUCAUUAUACACUACAGGACACACACAGGAGAGAAACCUUAUGAAUGUAAUGAAUGUGGAAAAGCCUUCACUCAGAAGUCAAACCUCAUUGUCCAUCAGAAAACCCACACAGGAGAGAAAACCUAUGAAUGCACUAAAUGUGGAGAAUCUUUCAUACAGAAGCUUGAUCUAAUUAUACAUCAUAGUACCCAUACAGGAAAGAAACCCCAUGAAUGUAAUGAGUGUAAGAAAACUUUCAGUGAUAAGUCAACUCUCAUUAUACAUCAGAGAACUCAUACGGGAGAGAAACCACAUAAAUGUACUGAAUGUGGGAAAUCUUUCAAUGAGAAGUCAACCCUCAUUGUGCAUCAAAGAACUCAUACAGGAGAGAAACCAUAUGAAUGUGAUGUGUGUGGAAAAACCUUCACCCAAAAGUCAAACCUUGGUGUACAUCAGAGAACUCACUCAGGAGAGAAACCCUUUGAAUGUAAUGAAUGUGAGAAAGCCUUUUCUCAGAAAUCCUAUCUCAUGCUGCAUCAGAGAGGACAUACAGGAGAGAAACCCUAUGAGUGCAAUGAAUGUGAAAAAGCAUUUUCCCAGAAAUCAUAUCUUAUUAUACAUCAAAGAACUCACACGGAAGAAAAACCUUAUAAAUGUAAUGAAUGUGGCAAAGCCUUCAGAGAAAAGUCAAAGCUCAUUAUACAUCAGAGAAUUCAUACAGGAGAGAAACCUUAUGAAUGUCCUGUGUGUUGGAAAGCUUUUAGCCAGAAGUCACAGCUCAUAAUACAUCAGAGAACGCACACAGGAGAGAAACCCUAUGCAUGCACUGAGUGUGGCAAAGCUUUCAGAGAAAAAUCAACAUUCACUGUACAUCAAAGAACUCACACUGGAGAGAAACCCUAUAAGUGUGCAGACUGUGGGAAAGCCUUUACCCAAAAAUCAAACCUUAUUGUACACCAGAGAACCCAUACAGGAAAGAAAGCCUAUGGAAGAGGCCAUGCCCGGAAGUCAAAGAUUGUCACACAUUAGAGAGUAAAUCAGCAGUGUCUGUUUUGUACACUGAAGGAAAGUUGUGUCAGUUUAAUUAACAUUUUAAAAAUAUGUUCUGACUUCCGGUUUAAAUAUGGGGAAUAAAGUUGGCCUUUCUUCUUUUCAUCUCAGUCUUGAUCCAAAAGCUACAGGAGAAAAAGAAGCAGAAGUAUAAUCUCUGUAUCUGACAAAAUUAGGAGACAACUGAACCCUGACGAGAGGGCUGGCAGAUGAAAUCAAGCUCCAAUGCAGGAGAUUUCAAAGAGAGAGAGAGAGAGAGAGAGAGAGAGAGAGAGAGAGAGAGAGGGAGAGAAAGAGAGAGUUCAAGGCUGCAGAUGUGAGACAGCACUGGUAAGGACUCUUAGCUGAGGUUCGGGAUAUACUCCCAGGUGCAGAACCAUAAAUAAAACAACAGAAACAGAGUUCAUGGGCAGGUAGGAGGUAGGAUGCUUCCUAGACCAUUUGUGGUCUGAGGAGAAACAUGCAGUAGCCUCAUCAAUGAAUCACUGAGCCAAGCCAUAUUUGUAGAGCAUAGUCUGUACUGAUGGGAGCAACAGUUGGGGUGGGGGAUUCUAGGGGAAGAGAACAGGCUUUUCCUUGUGAAGAGCCCUACAGCUGCCCCUGUUUACUGACUCAGGAGAAGUAAAGUCUGAAAGAACUAGCACAUGUGGGAAAAAAAUCCCAGUUGUUAGAAAAACUGAUCUGCCCAGAAUGUGGCCCUGGUUUCUUCCCCACAUGAACCUCCAGCAAAUAGCAAGUCCAGGAGAAACUCUUCUCAUUCAAAGAGGAAUGAUUCAGAAGUAAUCAAAACCACAAA